AUGGAGGAUUUCAAGAUGAUCUCCGAUACCAAUCGCAGGGUCGACGCCGUAGUAACCCAGACAACCCCAUCGCAAGUCUUUGCCGGACAAUCGCCUAACUUGGGCGGUCUCACUCGUCGUCUCGACUUUUCGGACGCACAAUUCGACAGGAGGAAUCUUCCCCCUCACACCACGUCGAGUAUUCGACCAACGAAUCCGAAUUCGCGGAUACACGAGAGCUCGGCCGCCCCGGUCGCCCGCCUCACAAACCCCAGACCUUGCUUCGAACUCGAAGAAAUCAAGUCGCAAAUUAGCGGCAUGAACACACUCCUCCAUCGGGCUAUCAGCACGGCUCCGGAGAUUGAUAGAAUUGUCGAGGUGACUCAGCAGUCGCUCUUCACUCAACGGAUAACGCGAGCUGCCGUACCAAACGUCAAGCUGAAACUUCCAAUCUACCAGGGAGACAAAGAUCCGGUCCAGUUCAUGACGUCCUUCAUGGCGACCAUGUCUAAAGCACGAUUCACCGACGAACAAAGGGACGCCGGUUGCUGUCAGCUAUUCAUCGAUAGCCUCUCCGGCCCUGCCUUGGUAUGGUUCACAAGGCUCGAGCCGAACUCAAUCGACAACUUCGACCAGUUGUCCAAGGUUUUCCUCAAGAAUUACCGAAUCCUCAUCGAACGAGGCAUGACAAGCUCGGAUCUCUGGGAGAUGGCCCAAGAACGAGGAGAGCCCAUCGCCAGCUUCUUGAACAGAUUCAAGGAGAAGCUAACAAAGGUCAACAUCCCGGAGGACGCUGCAAUGGCAGCCUUCAGGAAGGGCCUGAUCCCUGGAUCACCAUUACGAAAGGACCUCAAUAUCCGGGAACCCAAAGACCUUGAUGACGCACUGCAUCGAGCUUCCAGAUUCGCGCUCGAUGAGGAAGAAGAGGCCCAAAUAGCCGCGAAAACUAACGACGAACAAUCGACGCAUCCCCCCAAGGUUAAAAACUGGGUCGAACAUCACGAACCCCGCAAGCACCACGAACCUCAGGAUCGAAAAAAAGGCAUCAUCCACGCAGUCUCCAAGGCGGAUGAACAAGACAAGCAGCCGUCUGACCCGAAGGAACUUUACUGCGACUUUCACAUGACCCCCGGUCACUCCACACAUGAGUGCGUCCACCUGAAGAAUUAUUUGUACGGGAAGUAUCUCUCUGACGAAGUCGACGCUGUCUUUCAGCCAAAAAGCGUUCGCGGAGGCAGAGGUCGCCGUGGGGGAUGGCGCGGCGGACGAUCUAACGGAGGCCGUGGUGCGGGUGGUGGACGAGGCUACAACGCACCACCUAACGUAGUCCAACAGCCGGUCAACGAAGCAUUCGUGAACCUCCAAGAGGAGGCGCCCCAAGCAGACGAACUGCCCGGCCCUCCCAAGCGGCAGAGGGGGCAAAACCCGGAGCGGGCCAAUUCCCCUCCCCGAGGACGAAUAACCAUGAUACUUGGCCCACCGGAGGACUGCCCGGACUCCGUCCGCGCAUUAAAGAAGAGGGCACGACAAGUGUGCACCCUUCGAACAGCUCCGAGCGAACCUUCACUCUGCUCGGACCCGAUAUCAUUCACUUCGGAGGACGCUAAAGGAAUCCAACAUCCCCAUUCUGACCCCUUGGUUAUCGAGGUCACAAUGGGUGACUUCGACGUCGAACGAGUCCUGAUCGACACCGGGAGCACCGUCAACGUACUAUGCUGGCAAACGUUAGAGAAAAUGGGCGUCACACCAGACCAACUGAAACCCGAAACUCGAACGCUGACGGGUUAUGAUGGGGUCGCUAAGAUGUCAAUGGGCGACGUAAAGCUACAAGUACGAGCUGGCGGAGUGACCCAGAAGACUAAGUUCGCAGUCAUUGAUGCACCUCCCAUCUACAACGCCAUUUUGGGGGUACCAUGGAUAUAUUCGAUGCAAGCCGUACCGUCGACCUAUCACCUCUGCCUCAAAUUCCCGACCAGCACAGGAAUUUGCACACUUUAUGGCGACCAAAGGGUAGCCCGAGUGUGCUCUGUUAUCGAAAAAAAGCAGAGGACGGCGGAGAACGCAUAG